AUGUCGGCUCGUCGACCCUCAAACCCUUUCACUAAAAACCAAGACGCUCCGGGCUAUUAUGACGACCAAGUCUCGUCCGACGAGCGUGCUCAGCUCCGCUCGCUCGCACAGCACAUGCGCAAGCUCAGCAUGAGCAACAGUGCCAUUUCCGACGAUAGCACUGACCUCGCCUCCUGGAGAAAGUCCAACCCCGCACCGUCUGGAAGCGGAAGCAAUGGCGCCCUCACACCUCGCGCCGAAGGCCGUCCUCGUCCUGUCGCAACCGAUGACACUACACAAGCAGCCUCUGCCACCGCCGUCCCUGGCGCCCUCGAGCCCAGCGGCGGCCCCAAAUACACUCCUCAUAGUGGAAACCUUCCCGGUCCCGACAAAGCCUACGGUGAGGAUCAAGACAAGGCGACGCUCCUUUCUGGUAGUCUCGGUAAGAGCUCUUCUAUGCUCAACAACGGUAAAGGCCAUGGUGGCAGUGGCAGUGGCAGUGCUGAUGACGACAAACACCGCGUCAUGCAGCGCGCGCGUGGCGUUGUACGCACCUACAGUAUGGGCCAGCAGAAGCGUCGCCCUCAAAGAAUGAAUGACGAUCCCGUCAUCCUCUCUCGUCGGAUGAGCCAUGACGCCGUUCAGGAGGCUCCACGUCGCUUCAUUGUCGAUGUUGAAGAGACCAUGCGCCUCGUCCUCGAACAGGAAGACACCGAUGGCAACUUUCAAAUUUGCAUCACCGAUAGCGGCCCCAAGGUGCUCACUCUAGGCACCGCCACCAGCAAUGGCUACAAAGGUUUCGACAUUCGCGGCACAUACAUGCUUUCCAAUCUUCUUCAAGAACUCGCUCUCGCUCGCGAGCAUGGCCGCAAGCGUAUCGUGCUUGACGAAUCUCGUCUCACCGAAAACCCCGUCGAUCGGCUCUCGCGCAUGAUCAGCCAGACCUUUUGGCACAAUCUCACGCGUCGUAUCGACGGUGACGGUCUUGACGCAAUCCUCUCUGACCCCAAGAAUCGCAGCAAAUCGCAGAACCCUCGUAUCUAUGUUCCCGCCUCCGAGACAGAGAUGCUCCACUAUUACCAAAAGGUGGCGCAGGAGCGUCCUUCCCUCAACCUCACCGUAGAAUCUCUACCUGCCAACAUCACUGCCGAAUACACCCGCGACCUCAACGAUCGCCCCGGUCUGCUUGCGCUCGCCAUGCGCGACGACAUUGACCCCACCACUGGCGAGAAGAAGGGUCUCAAGGGCAUUCCAUUCGUCGUGCCUGGUGCCCGCUUCAACGAACUCUACAACUGGGACAGCUACUUUAUCUCUCUCGGUCUCGUCGUAGACAACAUGAUCGAUCUUGCCAAGGGCACUGUCGACCACUUCAUCUUUGAGAUCAAGCACUAUGGUAAGAUCCUCAACGGCAACCGCACCUACUACCUGAUGCGAGCGCAGCCUCCCUUCCUCACCGACAUGGCUCUUCAGGUCUAUUCGCGACUUGACCCUGCAAAUGAGACCGACAAUAAGGAAUGGCUGCGCAAUGCGAUCCAAGCCGCUAUCAAGGAAUACCACACCGUCUGGAUGAGCAGACCGCGAUUCGACGAAAAAACCUGGCUCAGCCGUUAUCGACCUGAGGGUCUUGGCGUGCCACCCGAGACCGAAGCCUCUCACUUUACUCACAUUCUCCGCCCCUACGCCGCCAAACACGGCUGCAGUGUCAAUGAGUUUACGCGCAAGUACAACCACGGCGAGAUCCAGGAGCCUGAGCUCGACACCUACUUUAUGCACGAUCGUGCUGUUCGCGAGUCGGGCCACGAUACCACGUACCGAUUCGAGCACAAGUGCGCCGACCUGGCCACCAUUGACCUCAACGCGCUUCUCUACAAGUACGAGAUCGACAUCGCCACCGCCAUCCGUGAGGUCUUUGACGACCGCCUCGAGCUCGAAGACGACUUUCUCCUCCACGGUCCUUUACCUCCUUCGCUUCUCAAAAACGGACAGGGACCUGCGCAGCCAUCACGCUCCAUUGAAACUCCACAGACGAGCGCAGAAUGGUUCGCACGUGCCGCUCACCGCAAAGCGCAGGUGGACAAGUACCUCUGGAACGACGGCAUGGGUCUGUACUUUGACUACGACACGCGACUCGAGGAACCCAUCGUGUACGAGAGUGUCACCUCCUUCUGGGCCAUGUGGGCCGGUAUGUCGAGCGAAGAUCAAGCUGCCAAGCUGGUGCACAAGUCGCUCAAACGUUUCGAGGAGCAAGGCGGUCUCGUCUCGGGUACCGAAGACUCGCGCGGCAAGAUCUCGAUCGAUCGACCCAAUCGACAGUGGGACUGGCCUUACGCCUGGCCGCCACACAACGUGCUCGCAUGGGUUGGUCUCGAACGCUAUGGUUAUCUCGAGGAGGCACGUCGACUCGCCUACCGAUGGCUCUAUAUGAUGACGCUCGCCUUUGUCGACUUCAACGGUACCGUCCCUGAAAAGUUCGACGCGGUCAACCUCUCGCACAUGGUUGAUGCUGAGUAUGGCAACCAGGGUAUCGACUUCAAGUGCGUUCCUCGUGAAGGUUUCGGUUGGAUGAAUUCAAGUUUCCAGGUCGGCCUCACCUUCCUCACCACCCACCAGCGUCGUGCUGUGGCAGCGCUGCAACAUCCAGAUGAAUUUUUCAACGUCCGUCGUCACUAG